AUGGAUUCGGACACUGAGACAGCAAAAUCCAAACGUUCCAAAAAGGAGAAGGAGAAGAAUAAGAAGAACAAGAAGAAAAAGGAUGUUGCCUCUCAGCCAGAUGGAGAUGGAGUUGAGGUUGAGGUGGAGGUUGUCCAUGAACAUCCCAAUAAAACACCUCCUGUUGUUGGUUAUUUCCCUUCGGGCUUUGAUCCGGUAAAGAAUCAUGCCAAUGGUGCCGGUCCCUCUGAUUUUCAAGUUUACCGGCACAGGAACAUGUCCAAGAGGAUGCAGCUUGUAGUUCGCCCUCCCGGGUCUUCCGUGGAAUUUGUUGGAACAAGUUUUUCUGGCGAGGCCGCGGCUGGACACCGAGCCAUGUUCGCUCUUGGAGUCCUUGACAAGGAAGCUGGGACCCUGAAGAUUGUGCCCAUUGCUGGCAAUAAGAUAUUCAGAUUGGAGCCAAAGGUUAAAGGUGUGGAUGUUGCUGACAAUGAGCCAGCAAACUCAACUUUGGAAGAGAUGACUCCACAGCAGAAGUUUGCGGAGACUACUGCUAUAUGGGGAACAAAGAGGGAUAUCGAGAAGGCUAAAAAGAAGCUAGCUCUCAAACAAGAUGAAAAUCCUGAUUCUCAAAGGAAUCUGGAUGUGAAAAUGAAAAAUGUUUCAGUAAACAAAAAGGCUCUUGAAAGUACAGAAUCUCAUGUUUCUCGCAAUAUACCACCAUAUGAUACUUCUGCAACUACACCUCAGGGUGCAUAUUUAUUGGAUAAAAUCAUCCUUAAAGGAGAAUGGGAUUAUCUUGAUGACCUUUAUGAUAGGUUGCAUCGGGAAGAAGAAGCAGACUUCAGUGCUUAUCCAACAUUUAUUCGCAACAGGAUAGAGAAAUUAAGGAAAAUUGAGGAUGAGUCAGAAAAGAAGAAACUUUCCUGCAUAUUCUCAUACAUCAAUCAUCUUAUAAAGUUCAAAGAUCAGCAUUCCUUUGACGUUUUCUCUGCAAAGGGCCAUAAAAUCCCCAACAUCCUGCGCCAUAAAUUUGCAAAUAUGUUUGCUGUUUCUGAAUUAAAAAGGCUACCCCCUGAAAAGAUUUCUCUUCUCAUAUGUUACGUCUUGGUGCUUACGCUUUUCGCUGAUGACUUCCUAACUGACUGCAUAGAUAUAGCAAAGGAUCUGAGCAUGAGUGUAAUGGCCGUGAGACAACUCUAUGAGCACUUGGGUUGCAAAUUUACCCGCAAGAAGAACACUUUCAACGGUUGGUGUGCUACGCUUCCUGUCCCUCUUAAAUUUCCUGAGCUUAGGCAAAGGAAGAGGAAAAGGUAG